GAUUGAUCACCUGUUUCUUUCGAAUACGCGCCUCAAAUUUAAUAAAACAUACAUUUCCAAUCAGGUUCGCGAGUACGUAAAUGCGACUUGCAAUAGGGCAAUGUAAAUCAUUCUUAAAGAUUAUCAGGAAGCAUGUCUGUAAAUCAAGACGAGAUUUUCGUGCAAACAAAGGAAAACGCUCGUCGAGAAUUCUCGUUUGUUGACGAGGACACAGUGCCAUUAAAUGCAUCAAAACCGUUUCCAUUGCAGCCACUGAAACCAACAUCAGCCAUCGUGGUCACUGGCUACAUUCCUCCCAAUGCGUUAAGGUUUUCAAUAAAUUUGUUAUGCAAGGCAGCAGGCAACAUUGCGUUGCACUUCAACCCACGGUUGGACAGAGGUUACGUCGUACGAAACACAAAAUUUAAGGAUUCUUGGGAGGAAGAGGAAACAUGUUCUCCAGCUGGACAUUCUGCGUUUCGGCGCAACUCUUACAUUAAUAUUUUGAUUUUUUGCACUGCCAAUGCUUUUCAGAUUGCUGUAAAUGGGGAGCAUUUUUGUGCAUUCUCGUACAGAAUGCCUCUCGAAGAUGUAACAAGCAUCGAAAUCAAUGAAUCGCUCGAAGAUACUAGAUUUCGACAGCUCGAGUUGUUCGUCUAUCCUGAUCCAAAGAUAUGCCGGCCAAAUACAUUUUUAAGCUUAAGUAUCAAUCGACCGCUCGUUGAAAGCCUCGGCACUCCAAUUACGGUGGACCUUGAAAAUGAAUUCAAGAUAGGAACUAGAAUCUUCAUUGCUGGAAGAUUAAAACUUCUUCCUCAUUCGUUUUAUGUAAAUCUGCUAAAGGGAAAAACGAUUUAUCCUCAUCCCAUAAUUCCUAUGCAUUUCAAUCCUCGGUUUUCAUACGGUAGUCGUGCACCCUAUGUCGUAAUGAAUUGUUGGAUGAAUGGAUCUUGGGGACACGAAGAAAGACACGAAGGACACCUAUCCUGGAUGCCUGGCCGUGAUUUUCUUCUGACAAUUCGAUGUGAACCCGAAGCAUACACGAUAUGGCUGGGAGACAAAAUGAUUGGCGAAUUCAAACACAGAAUACAACCAUCCAUCAUUGAUACCCUUAUUAUUUCUGGAGACGUUGUGCUACACGAAUUGGCUAUGACUUGAACUAUUUAAGCGAGUUUUCUCGAUAGAAUGUCUUCAUUUGUUACCUAUUUUCAUAAAAGAGCAUUUAGUUUUUAUCUUAUUUUCGCAAUUAUGCUCGUACAAGUCUGCGCUUCUUGCACGGGUUUUAUUUUAAACUAUUUUACAUGUAAAUAAAUCAUGUAUACUAAUAUUUUUACUCGUAUUUAUGACUUAGAUAAGUCGAUGAGACUUUUAAUAAAGAUUUAUUAUCAAGUCA